UAGCUUUUAACCCGCGCGGGAGGGCGCUGCGGCCACUGGGCUCUGUGGAGAGAGCGAGUGGUCAGUGCGGAGCCGGAGGCGAGCGUAUCCAGUCCCAAGGCCGACGCCAGUUCGCAGGCAUGGCCCCGGCAGCGGCUUCGGGUGGCAGCACCCUGCCCAGUGGCUUGUCGGUCUUCGCCACCUUCCCUGACUUGCUCUUCGUUUGUGAGUUUAUCUUCGGAGGCCUGGUAUGGAUCCUGAUUGCCUCCUCCCUAGUACCCCUGCCCCUGAUCCAGGGCUGGGUGAUGUUUGUGUCCGUGUUCUGCUUCGUGGCCACCACUUCCCUGAUGGUCUUGUACAUAAUUGGUUCUCAUGGCGGUGAGACUUCCUGGAUCACACUGGAUGCAGCCUACCACUGUGUGGCUGCCCUAUUUUACCUCAGUGCCUCAGUUCUGGAAGCCCUGGCCACCAUCUCAAUGUUUGAAGGCUUUACCUACAAGCAUUACCAUGAAAACAUCGCCGCAGUGGUGUUUGCCUAUGUGGUCACUCUGCUCUACGUGGUGCAUGCUGUGUUUUCCUUAAUCAGAUGGAAGUCUUCAUAGAACAGCAGUUCGGGAGCUGAAACCCAGAUACAAUUAACUGGUCAGCCCAUCUUCCCCAUUAACUUCCUAGAACACAGACUGGAUGGUGGAGAAAAGAAAACAAGCCAAAAAGAAAACAAAACAAACACAAAAACAAAAGGAAGCCAAGUUCAUAUCUCUUGGGUGUUAUGUUUACCUUAUGUCGGGGUUUAGGGCUUGCUAUAUUUAACUUCCAGCUAAGGGGGAAGGAGUCGUCUUGGCAGGGGCCCUUUCUGCCCUUGACCGGGUCAGUGGGUGGGAACUGGGAACCUUGAUCUGAAGAAAUGAUGAUUUCCCCUUGACCCUUGGAGCAUGUCCUAAGAAUUUGCCUCUUGGAAUUUUCCAUGGGCUCCUUCGAGCACUCAUCCCUGGCUUGAUUUAGUCUUUGUGGGUAGUCACAGGCACUGAAAUUCACCCAACAGAGGUCUCCCGACAUUCAUGGUGGAAGAUGAGCCCCCUUGAAAUACUUCAUUAAAUACUUUUAUGUCUCACGCUUCGGGUGGGGAACUAGAGGGAUGUUUUUCAUUCUCGGGGACCAGGGACGCCUUCCCGUUCAACUUUCUUCCUGCAGAGUCCUUUGAUGUAACCUGAAUCUCAAGGGACAAUUCAGUUGUAUGUGCUGAACCAGUCUUUUCCCGAGUGACUCACUGAGGACGACACCCUCACAACAGUGUCCACCAAGAUAGCGUCUCCCCUGGGCACAUCCCAGGGAGCUCCACCUUUUUCUUUAAAGGCACAAUAGUCUGCUGAAUUAGUGUCUUCUCAAGCUCUGAGAAGACUGGGUAUGGGUACUCCUUCUCUUCUUAAGGCUGAUCUAGCCGGGCAGUGGUGGUGCAUGCCUGUAAUCCCGGCACUCUGGGAGGCAGAGGCAGGUGGAUUUCUGAGUUCAAGGCCAGCCUCGUCUACAGAGUGAGUUCCAGGACAGCCAGGGCUAUACAGAGAAACCCUGUCUCGAAAAAACCAAAUCCAAAAAACAAAAAACAAAAACAAAAGGCUGAUCUAAAAUGCUCUAGUCCAUUAUCUGCGGUCUCUUGAUGUAUUUGGGCAUGUUCUCAGACCACUCCUUUGAGGAGAAAAGGGACCUGACCCCAGAGCAAAGACAGUGGCUAUUUCUGGCUGCCACGUUUCAGGUGACGGACGUGUGACCUGAAAGAAGGAAGUAUAAUUAGGAAGGACAUGGAGAGUCUGCAAAGUCAGACAUUCUGCUCAGAGAUCUCACUCUGUCCCCACACUUUAAAGAACUGAGUGACAUCCUAGAGAUGGAGCCCCGGAUGCAGGGAUGUCCUGCCAACCACCAGGAAGGCCAGGAUUCCAGCCUCAGUCAGCUUUCAUAAGCUAAUGUUUUAUUCUCCAACAAAGUAGGAGAUUGAGACCUACAACUAAAUUAGAUUUGGGGAUUUUUCUACCUUGGUCCUGAGGAUGGAGCCCAGGGGGAUGCAUGCUGGGUAAGCACUCUUCUGCUGGAUCCCAUCCUCAGCCCUAAAUUGGGUCUCACUGGCACAUCCAGGAGGACUUUGGUUAUCCCAGCCAACCUGGUACCCAAGCCUGACAUUUGCCCACUUAACAGCGCCAAAAAAUCAUACUAAAACACAAGCAAAAGAUUAGGGGGAUUUAUUUUUAAAAUUAAAAUGUAAACUAAGAGAUUAUAUGAAGUUCACUAUAAUGUUUAACAAAAUCUGUAACUGAGUGCUGACUGGGGUAGUCUUAUAUUUUCAACAAAACUGAACCAUAACAUUACGCUAACCAGCAGCUCAGCGUGAAUGAGGAUCGCUUUUAGACAAGAAGAAAAGAGAGAUGAAGGGAGAAAGGAACGAAGGAAGGGUGACAAGAUGAAUUUCCCAAGGGUUUCUCGAUGUUUCAGAUUUUUAAUCAUUAAAAGAAACUUUCAUACA